CUUCCAAGGCGGCGACGCCCAUCCCAUACCUCUGCAGCUGGAAGCUGCACAAACGUUUGCUGCUGCCUCUGAGACCUCUCCUCCCAGAUAUGCCUGCAAGUCGUGCCCCUCACCAGCAGCCCGCACCCCCACCGGAGGGACUGCGCCAGAGCGUCCGGACAGCACUUUGAGAGAAGUCACCACAAGAACACAUGGAACCAAUACGCUUUAGACCACCACUGUAUCAACAAAGAUACGAUUUUGUUAAGUCUUACGUGGAUACCUACAAGCCCAAAAAGGUUGCGGACUUGGGAUGCAGUGAAUGUUCACUUUUGCAAAGACUAAAGUUUUGGAAUUGUAUUGAGCAGCUUGUUGGUGUGGAUAUUGAUAAGGAUACACUGAAAAGAAAAAUGUAUACACUGACUCCUCUUCCAACCAAUUACCUUGAGCCAUUGAACAGAUCUUUAACUGUAACUUUAUACCAUGGUUCUGUGUGUGAAAAAGACCCUGCACUUCUUGGGUUUGACCUGAUAACAUGCAUUGAGCUAAUUGAACAUCUUGAAGCCGAUGACCUUGAAAAGCUCCAGGACGUCCUGUUUGGCUUUAUGGCCCCUAAUGCUGCAGUGAUCAGUACUCCUAAUGUAGAGUUUAAUGUCUUGCUUCCUGAAAACCCCAGAUUUAGACACCCAGAUCACAAGUUUGAAUGGAGCAGGAAAGAAUUUCAGAGCUGGGCUAUGAAGGUUGCUGGGCAAUAUAAUUACACAGUGGAAUUCAGUGGAGUUGGAAAACCACCGCCAGAGUAUCAAGAUGUUGGCUUCUGCUCCCAAAUUGGAGUAUUUAAUAAGAACUACAUAGAGAAUGAAGAAUCAAUCAGUAAGAAAAAGAAAUACUCAAGUGUUUAUAAGACAGUUCUUCAUGUGAUCUAUCCAAGUCUUCAGGAGGAGAAAUACCUACGUCAGACAGUACUGAAUGUGGCUCUGUCCCAUGCAUACCGCAUUAAAAGCAACUUUCUGCAUAAUCUGUUUGCUGAAGAAGAUGAAAAAAAGACCAAUAGGAUGGACGUUGAAAAUAAAUCCUGUAUACAGUCAAAUUGGUUUUCCAGUUUGCAAACUGUACAAACAAAUGAGGAAAGCACAUGCCUACAACCUUUUCUAGAAGGGGAUACCAUUCAGGUUCCACUGGAAAUACUCUUUGCUAUCUCAAGGGUGAAAGAACUCUGUGGAAGUCUGGAUGUUCUAAGAAAUAUGCUGAGUGGUGAGGUCACAUUAAGCAGUGAUGGCAAUACCAUUGUAUAUCCUUUAGAAAAUUAUGAUAUGAUAGGUGCAGAAUGAAUCUAAUGUAAUUUUAUAACAAGCGCACAUUUUUUAAGUGGUGAUUUUUAUUAUACCUAAGAAUGGUAAUAAUUUUGUGUUAUUUGCGAUUGAGUAGUAUACAAAAUACAGAAGUUAGCUUUGAGCUGGAUUGCAUCACCUACAGAAGCAUAGGCAGCAGUCUUUAAGAGCUGCAACUCAGAUAUUUAAUGUUUUGCUGAUUGAGCUGUGCCUGCCUUGAGUCACAAGAUUAUCAUUCAGUUUGAUCUUCAACAUAAUUCACAGGUUAAUAGCCAAGGGAAGUUUGAGAAUAAAAAUGUUAACAUUGCAUGUUCAA